UCUCUUUAUUUUCUUUUUUCUUUCUCUCUCUUCUGCAACUAUUUCAUCACCUCACAAGCUUCCAAACAAAGAUAAUUAAUGGAAAGUGAGAUUUGCAAGUUUUAUUCUCCUCGUUGUCCUUGGGUAUGUUUACGAUGAAACAUCAAAUAAAAACCCUUACCUGGUUAAUGGGUGUCUCUCUCUCUAUUGAUUCCAUUAUUUUAGCACAUGCCUAUGGCAACAUCAGCUAUAGAUCUCUCUUCCCAAUAUUGUCCUAGUAACACUUACAGUCAGUUUGGCAGCCGUCUUCAUAUCCAUGGCUUACUUUGAGAUCACGAACAAGAAGCAUCAUCUUCAUCAUCGAUAUACGCGGUUCGGGGUUCCAGCUUCUCCUUGGAUAUGACCAUGGUUCCUGCUCGAAGUCUUUCUAAACAACAACAGCAACAGCAUCAACUUGGUUAUGGUAGUUAUUUUGGUGGAGGUACUAGUGCUUAUAAUGAGAGUUUUGGUCUUAUGAGCCGAUUAGAAGGUUAUGACUCUUGUGUUAGUGAAGCUUGCUUAUUAGGAUCUGAUCUAGUGGUGGCUAAUAUUCCCAUGGCUGAAGAUGAAUCAAGAACUAAUAGUGUCAAUAAUGAAGCUGGCUCAAGCUCAAAAGAUGUUCAAGAAGAGAGAGAUGAAGGGUGGCUCCAAUUGAGUAUAGGGGGUCAAACAACAACGACAACAACACCAACAAGCCAUGAGAGCAAGCACUAUCAUCAUCAUCAUCAUCAUCAACAACAACAACUAGUACUUGAUCCUACAACUAGAAGAGGAGGGUUGAUUGAGCUUGAUCUACUACCAGGUAGCAUUAGUAGUAUUUCACAUCAAGCAAGACCUUUGAGUACUCCUAUGUUUCAUGUUCCUGAUUUUAGAACUCCUCCAAGGCCAGUCAUGAACAUUGCUGCAAGUCAUGCCACUAAUUUUGGCACUACAUCUUUAUUCUUUCAACACCAUCCAGCAGCAACUAGCUCAACCUAUCCUCUUCAUCAAGAGAUAAACUGGCCAUUUAGGCCUAUGUUGCAUAAUAUAGCGACCGCCUCAUCUUCAUAUUCUCCGUCGUCCUCUUCUUCUUCUUUGAUGCCAUUGGGGUCCUAUUUUUCACGUCCGUUUCAAGUAAAUAGUGGCAUGGAUGUUGCAGGACCGAGUUCCGACUUUAGAGUAAUCGAUCCUCCAAGAAGACCCCAUUCUGGCAUUUGGUUUUUGCUACAAGCGUCUCAAAAUCAAACGAAAGAACCCUUCUUGCCUCAAAUAUCCAAGAGCUACCUGAGAAUCAAGGAUGGAAGGAUGACAGUUCGGUUAUUAAUGAAGUAUCUGGUUAACAAGCUGGGACUGGAUAGCGAAUCAGAGCAGAUAGAGAUAACCUGUAGAGGGCAACAGCUUGUACCUUUCUUGACGUUGCAGCAUGUAAGGGAUAACAUAUGGAGCCCAAGAGAUGCACUCACCUUGCUUCCAGAAUCCUCAACCACAGAUCAUGUCAUGGUGCUGCACUAUGGUAGAAGUGCUUAAAAGUCCCCAAACAUUUCUCAUUAUUUAUUUCUCACUUGUACCCUUGUUAAGUUAUCAUACACUCGUUUCUUCCAUUUCUUUUCUUUUAUUUUUUCGGCUUUUAGGCUCUGUUAUUUAUUCUUGCCUUUUCUUUUCUAAUUCACUUCUCUAAUUGGAGAAAAUAGUUUGGAAUAUCCCUCAGAUGAGGUUUACCAUUUCGGAGCAAAUAAUAUGACCCAAAGUGUAUUUCCAAGCUA